UUUAAUUUUCCUGGUUAUCCAAACUAAAUUAUUUUCUCUCUUUCUCACCGGUAAAAUUCAAUCGAAAGAAGCAAACAAAAGUCUUUUCGACUUGUCUUAAAAGAAUCCGAGGAUCUUAUUUUUCUUUUCCGAGAAAAUUCAAUGCAAUUGAUCGAAUAGGAGAAACUUCACAAACAUUUACAUUUUCAAUCCAUCGUUUGAUUUUCUCGGAUUCUCCGCCGGAAAAGUUCCUAAUCUGCUGGAAUCACUUCGAGAUCUUGUUAUAUGAUUAAGACAGUGAGAAAGUAAAAAAGACUUUCUCAACCAUUUGAUGAGAUGAGUUUGGUGGGAAGAGUUGGGAGUUUAAUUUCCCAAGGAGUUUACUCCGUCGCUACACCCUUUCACCCCUUCGGUGGCGCCAUCGACGUCAUCGUCGUCCAGCAAGAAGACGGCUCGUUCCGCAGCACUCCCUGGUACGUUAGGUUCGGCAAGUUCCAAGGCGUCCUCAAAGGGGCAGAGAAGUUUGUGAAGAUCUCCGUGAAUGGCGACGAAGCUGACUUCCACAUGUAUCUUGAUAACUCCGGCGAAGCUUAUUUCAUCAGAGAAGUUGAUCCUGAAACCACCAACAAUCUGAUCUCUAGCUCUGAGGAUAGCAAUGGUAGUGAGAGGGUUUUGACUCUUGAGCAUAGCUCAUCAGACGUUGGCGCUGGGGAGUUGAGAGAGGGUUUAAGCUCUUUGAACCGGCUUGAUAGGACGGAGUCUGAUAGUAACGGGAGGUAUUAUGAUUUUCAGGAUGAUCCUCCUUCUCCAACGUCCGAGUAUGGGAGUGCUCGGUUUGAUAAUUUGAAUGUGGAGAGCUAUGGAGAUUCUUCUCCAGGUUUAGAUUCUGAGGUUGUUUUGGUGAGUGUUGACGGUCAUAUACUAACGGCUCCUGUCUCGGCGGAGGAGCAGGAGGCUGAGAAUUUGAGGUUGAAUACUCCUCAGUUUCAUUUGGCUCCUGGCGAUGGGACUGAGUUUUGUGAAGGGAACACUGAGUUUGCUUCCUCUGAGACUUCAUGGGAUACUGAGUUUAUCAGUAAAGUGGAGUCAUCUAAUGCUGUUGAUAUUGGAUCUAAAAAAGUAGACAUUGGUAGCGUUGAGUGUAAUGAUGAGAAUGCCAAGUCUGAGGAGGCAGCUUCUAAUUUUGAGGUUCAGAAUCUAAAAGAAGGUGAGCUUGUACCUACCACCAUCAAAGAAAGUGUUGGAGGUGAUGAUGAUCAAGUGGCUAUUGAAAGAGAUAUUGCUGGGAGCUGUUUGGAGCAGUCUGAGGAGGCAGCUUCUACUUUUGAGGUUCAGAAUCUAAAAGAAGAAACUGCCAUCUUGAUUGAGAACCAAGAAGGCGAGAUUAUAGAGCCAGAAGAGAGAGUCUCUAUAGAUUCAACGAGAGAGGAAGAUGAGCAACUAACUCCAUCUAAACCGUCUGAGGAGGAUAACGAGAACAACAACACAACGGAUUCAGUGGCUGAGACUUCUAACAUUGCAAGAUCCGAAACAGAUCUGAAAUAUGAGCUAUCACUUUGCAAGGAUGAGCUUCGUCAAGGUAUGGGACUCACCGCAGCAGCUGAAGUCUUUAACACGCAUCUAAUCUCCACAGAAGAAUACAAAAACUCAGCAGCGUCAAUCCUCGAAAGCGAAAACUUAGUCGUCAGGAUCAGAGAAACCUACAUGCCAUGGAAGAAAGCUGCUAGAAUCGUGCUUGGAAAGGUUGUGUUCGAUCUAGACUUAGAGAUUCAGCCAGAAGAUGUGAUCUCCGUUGAGGAAACCAAACCAAAGGACGAUGAAACCGCUGCAGUAACAACUCCUUCUUCGUCUGGAAGAAGGUGGAGACUGUGGCCUAUUCCUUUUAGGAGGGUGAAAACAGUCGAGCACACGACGAGUAGUAACUCCUCUAGCGAAGAGGAUCUGUUUGUUGACUCUGAGCCUGGAUUGCAGAACUCACCGGAAGUGCUGUCGACCAAUGAGUCUCCACGUAGACAGCUUGUGAGAACUAAUGUCCCUACCAAUGAGCAGAUUGCGUCUCUGAAUCUGAAGGAUGGUCAGAAUAUGAUUACUUUUAGUUUCUCCACUAGAGUUCUUGGAACACAACAGGUUGAUGCACAUAUAUACAGGUGGAGAUGGGACACCAAGAUUGUAAUUUCAGAUGUUGAUGGAACUAUAACUAAAUCUGAUGUGUUAGGUCAGUUCAUGCCGUUGGUUGGAAGGGACUGGACACAGUCUGGUGUGGCCAAGCUUUUUUCAGCUAUAAAGGAGAAUGGAUACCAGCUGCUGUUUCUGAGCGCUCGUGCAAUUGUUCAGGCAUAUCUAACAAGAAGUUUCUUAAAUAAUCUAAAGCAGGAUGGAAAAGCUCUACCAAACGGUCCUGUAGUCAUUUCACCAGACGGGCUGUUUCCAGCAUUGUACCGUGAAGUGAUAAGAAGAGCACCUCACGAAUUCAAGAUCGCAUGUUUGGAGGAUAUCAAGAAGCUUUUCCCAGAGCACUAUAACCCGUUCUACGCUGGAUUUGGAAACAGAGACACUGAUGAGCUGAGUUACAGCAAACUCGGGAUCCCCAAGGGAAAAAUAUUUAUAAUCAACCCAAAGGGAGAGGUAGCAACAGGACAUCGAGUAGAUGUCAAGAAGUCUUACACAUCACUUCAUACUCUUGUCAACGACAUGUUUCCUCCAACUUCGCUUGUUGAGCAGGAAGAUUAUAACCCAUGGAACUUCUGGAAACUACCAAUAGAAGAGGUUGACUGAAGAUAUCAAUCAGAAAUGAGCUGUUGAUGGGUCUAACAUGGCAGCUGCAGAAAGUCAAUGAUUGGACUUCCGGAACCUGUCCGAACUUUGUAAUGUCUCAUGUAGGAGUUGACACAAUAGGGAAAGAAUAAUGUAUAAGCUGUGACAAUGUUAUGUAAUACGAUCUUAUUUUUUAAAUAUUUUUCUGUUUUAGAUACGCAAAAGUAGAUGAG